AUGUCGGCUCGAGGCGGUAAACGCUACGGCAGUGGCCGUAAGCUCUUGUCACCUGGAAGCUUUGUUAGGAGCAUAGAGAAGAGAUCUGACUCUCGGAGUUCGUGGCUCAAGUCCCAUGGAAGGAUUUACGUCCGCCGUGACAUUCUGGACACGUUUAAAACGCUGAAAGCUCAGUGUGUCUCCUCCACCGACACUGCUUUCUUGCAGCAUUUGUUGUCGUUUGAGAUGCGAAGGCAACAAAGGUGAGAAAAUAAGACUUCUACAUUUAUAUUGCUUUUUAGUCUAAGCUGCAACGUCGAAUCUAACUACCUAUUAAAUAUUACUUUAUUUUAACAGUUUAAAAGCCAAGCAAGCCAUGAAGAAGAGUACGGAAGAGUCAAGUGCAGUACAACAAUCCUAA